UGUGACAUAUGACAUUUGUGACAUAUGGAUAUGACACUUGUGACUGAUCCUGACAGGCUGACACAGUAACCUUCCGUAUGUCGUGUUUGGUGUCGUGUCGACUUUUUUUUAAGUGUAGACGUAGUCCAGUUGAACAUUUCUUUAUAGUAUGACAGACAUCCGUAGAAACGAUGCGAUUUUCUCCUUACACCAAUGGUUCAUAUUUGCGUUCACAUUGUGUUUUAUGAGUAAAUUCAGCGGCUGCUCAGAUCUCGGUAUAUUCAACUCGAGCUGGCCCAACUUCCUGUCAAAGUACUCGCACUUCCCGGAGAAUCUACGUGUACAGAUGUUGGACAAAGCGAAGGAAAUGUUUUACUUCGGAUACGACAACUAUAUGAAAUAUGCCUUCCCAUUUGAUGAGCUCAAUCCGAUCCUAUGUGCAGGACGAGGGAGAGAUCACGAAAAUCCGACAAAUAUCAAUAUUAAUGAUAUACUUGGUGACUAUUGUCUAACACUUGUGGAUGCCCUGGACACGUUAGCAGUAAUUGGAAACGGCACAGAAUUUAAAAGAGCUGUCUCCCUAAUUUUGCAAUAUGUUGAUUUUGAUAAGGGCAGUACAGUUCAAGUUUUUGAGGUUAAUAUCAGGUUAGUUGGUGCUUUGCUGUCUGCUCAUUUGCUAAUUAUUGAUCCAGAUGAACCAUUUGGCCCAAUAAAACCCGACGGCUAUAAUGGAGAAUUACUUCAUUUAGCCCAUGAUUUAGCUUCCCGACUACUUCCUGCUUUUGAACAAAGCAAAACAGGAAUUCCUUUUCCAAGGAUCAAUUUAAAGGAGAGAGAACCAGACUUCAGUUUCUCCACAGAAACUUGUCCUGCGGGAGCAGGAUCUUUACUUCUUGAAAUGGGUAUUUUAAGUAGACUUUUGGGAGACCCAGUUUUUGAGAUUCAUGCGAGAAGAGCUACUAAAGCGAUAUGGGACAGGAGGUCCAAAAGCACUGGACUUUUAGGCAAUGUAAUUGAUGCUAAGACGGGAAAAUGGACAGGAAAAUUGAGUGGGUUGGGAGCUGGCCUGGACUCAUUUUUUGAAUAUUUAUUUAAGUCGUACAUAAUGUUUGGCGAAAGUGAAGAUUAUAAAAUGUUUCAUUUAGCAUAUGAAAGCAUCAAAGAACAUUUAAGGAAAGGACGACCAAAGUGCAAUUCUGGAACAGGAAAUCAUCCAUUUUUUGUAAAUGUUAAUAUGGAUUCAGCGUCUAUUUAUUCAACAUGGAUUGAUUCCAUGCAGGCAUCAUUUGCUGGUCUUCAGGUCCUUCAUGGUGAUGUUAAUGAAGCUAUUUGUACACACGCUUUAUACUAUGUGAUAUGGAAAAAAUAUGGUGUAUUGCCGGAAAGGUGGAAUUGGCAGUUUUUAAUGCCUCAAGUUCCUUUUUAUCCUCUUAGACCAGAAUUGAUUGAAUCCACAUAUAUGCUAUAUCAGGCAACAAAAAAUCCUUUUUAUUUGCAUGUCGGCAAAGAUAUUUUACAAAGCUUAAACAAAUAUACAAGGACUAAAUGUGGAUUUGCUACAGUUCAUAGCGUGAAUGACAUGAGCUUAGAAGAUAGAAUGGAGAGUUUUUUCUUAAGUGAAACAACUAAAUAUCUCAUUUUGUUGUUUGACAAAGAAAACAUUAUUAACAAAUAUUUAGGGAAAUAUAUCUUCAGUACAGAAGGUCAUAUAUUUCCUUUGGAUCUUAAUAAAAGGUUUUUUAAAAAUCCAGUAAAUAAUAAAUCUCAUUCUCCACUAUCGUCUUUCAACAUCAAGGAGCCAUCAUGUGAAAGAGUUGGCAAAGAGCAUCUCCACAAUUUACCACUCAGGAGGGAUUUAUGGCUGCAACUCAAUAAUUUUUUGGGCGUCAAAGAUGAAUGACAUUUAAUAGAUCGAAAAGACUGUUGUUAUAUUGCUGUUAAUAAAAUAUUGUUAAACGA